CAAAAAGAAGAUCAUCUCCUCACAGCGAUGCCAAACCAUUGAAUUGAAUGGAGGGUCUCAUGCUCCUCCGGCUCCGGGGACCGUUCCUCGCCGGGACUCCGCCGGCACGCUCCAAAUCCUUCCGAAGAAUCCAUGGUUUCCAGGUCCACUCCUCUAUGCAAUCCCAAUCGAUUGAAGCUGAAAAGCAUGAAUACAAACCUGGACUUUUGGAUGAUCUUCUGCUCGGCUUUUUCAGGAGGAAAAUGGUGGAGGAAGUUGGGUGGGAUUCCAAGAAACCAGGAUACGAUGGGUUGAUGGAAGUUGUGAAUCAGUUGAUGAUGAAAGGGAGAAGCAAUUCAGAGAUUGAGCAAUCCGCAGUUCGGGUGUUAAUAUCUUUAUUUCCACCGUUUCUGCUUCCUUUAUUCAAGAUGCUCAUAACACCUAUACAGGAUGGAAAAAUAGCUUCUAUGAUGCUUGCAAGAGCAACAGCUAUUUCCUGUCAAUGGCUGAUGGGCACAUGCUCAGUUAAUUCUGUUGAUCUUCCUGAUGGAUCCUCUUGCUCCAGUGGGGUGUUUGUGGAAAGGUGCAAAUAUCUGGAAGAGAGUAAAUGUUUGGGAGUAUGUAUCAACACUUGUAAGCUUCCUACUCAGACUUUCUUCAAGGAUUGCAUGGGAGUUCCAUUACUCAUGGAACCUAAUUUUGCCGACUACAGCUGCCAGUUUAAGUUUGGUGUCACACCACCAGCACAAGAUACUGAUAAAGCUCUUCAGGAGCCUUGUUUGGACAUUUGCCCAAAUGUUCGACGGAGAAGAAAUCUACGUGGAAAUAAUGAUGUUACUCAAUGCCCCAAGGUAUAAAAUGAUGGAAGAAAUGAUUAGCAUCAGAAAUUAGAAUACAUUCAUGAGUUAAAUUCAUCUAUUGUGAUAUGCACCUUAUCAUGUAUAGCUUAUUUCUACAUUUCUGGGAAAUAUAGAAAUUUGUAUCAAGUGAAAGAGGAUGUUAUGUGUUA